AUGGCGUACAAUAUAGCCAUGGUUUGCGACUUCUUCUACCCGCAACUAGGCGGUGUAGAGUUCCACAUCUACCAUUUGGCUCAAAAGCUCAUCGAGUUGGGCCACUCGGUCGUCAUUUUAACACAUGCAUAUGGUGAUAGAACGGGGGUGCGAUAUCUGAGCAACGGGUUGAAGGUUUAUUACAUUCCGUAUGCGAUCGUGUACCGAGAAACCAGCUUUCCAACUGUAUUUGGGAGUUUCCCCAUUGUACGGAAUAUCUUAGUGCGCGAGCAAAUCCAACUUGUGCACUCGCAUGUCAGUGUAUCGUCGCUGGCACACGAGGCUCUGCUUCACGCCACGGUCAUGGGCCUACGAACUGUGUUUACGGACCACUCUUUGUAUGGGUUUGAUUCAUUGGGCUCGAUUCUCGUCAAUAAGCUGUUGCGCUUCUCGUUGACGAACGUUGGGGCUGUCAUUUGCGUUUCCAACACCUGCAAAGAAAAUAUGAUUUUGAGGGCCAGUCUCGACCCAUCUCAUGUAUCUGUGAUACCGAACGCGGUAGUGAGCAAGGAUUUUGCACCGAUACCGAGAGGCCCACGCAAGAGUCCUGACCAAAUAACCAUUGUAGUCAUCAGUCGGCUGUAUCCCAACAAAGGUGCCGAUCUCUUAACCCAUCUUAUCCCUCAAAUCUGCCAACUUCAGCAAAGUGUCAAUUUUGUAGUUGCCGGCGACGGGCCCAAAUUCGUUGAUUUCCAGCAAAUGAUUGAGACAUAUCGUCUUCAGGACAGGAUUCAACUUCUGGGAGCGGUGCAGCACGAGAAAGUACGCGACGUCAUGUGCCAAGGCGACAUAUAUCUUCAUGCAAGUCUGACGGAAGCCUUUGGAACUGUGCUUGUGGAGGCGGCUUCUUGUGGGCUGCUGAUAGUCACAACUACUGUUGGCGGUAUACCGGAGGUUUUGCCCGAGCAUAUGACAGUAUUCGCGAAAGAAACCUCUGUUUCUAGCUUGGUGGACGCCACAUUGAGAGCAAUAACAUUAUUUCAGCGAAAGAAAGUUGACACUUCGCUGUUUCACUCGGAAGUUGCAGCGAUUUAUGAUUGGACUGAUGUAGCCGAAAGAACUACGGCAGUCUAUCACAGACUACUUCACCAAUCCAUUACUGAGGAUCGCUCUUGGUUAAGGCUGCUGAAAAAUUACCACAACCGCGGCGGGCCGUGGGCACGCUGUCUGUAUAUGUUGUGCGCUGUGGUCGAAUUCAUGAUUUUCUUGCUGCUCGAAUGGUGGUACCCAAGAGACCAGAUUGAUCUGGCAGUCAAAUGGAGAAGAAAACAGGAAUGA